CCCCCUGAAGCGGCCGGAGCCGCGCCCGCCGCCCGCCGGGACGAUGCCGCGCUGGGAGGCGGCCGCGCUGCUCGCCGCGCUCGUCGGUGUCUGCGUCUGGACCGACGAGACCGGGAAAGUUAUCUCGGAUCGGUACGCUGUCUACUGGAACCGGAGCAACCCCAGGUUUCACCGGGGGGACUACACGGUGGAGGUGAGCAUCAACGACUACCUGGACAUCUACUGCCCGCACUACGAGGAGCCGCUGCCCGAGCGCAUGGAACGCUACGUCCUCUACAUGGUCAACUACGAGGGGCACGCGUCCUGCGACCACCGGCAGCGGGGCUUCAAGCGCUGGGAGUGCAACCGCCCCGACUCCCCCAACGGGCCCCUCAAGUUUUCGGAGAAGUUUCAGCUCUUCACCCCCUUUUCGCUGGGCUUCGAGUUCAGACCCGGCCACGAGUACUACUACAUCUCCGCGUCCCCCCCGAACAUGGUGGACAGGCCCUGCCUGAAGCUGAAGGUUUACGUUCGGCCAACAAACGAUUCCCUCUACGAGUCCCCGGAGCCCAUUUUCACCAGCAACAACUCCUGCUGCAGCCUCAGGGUCCCGCACGCCGCGCUCGUGGUGGUGCCGGUCGUCUGGACGCUCCUGGCCUCGUAGCACCGACGCCGACGUGCCGGGGAGCGGCUCCGCGGGGAAGGAGCAGCGGGGGGACGGAGCCCGGCCACCCCCCAUCGCCUCCGAGCCGCGGCUGGACGGUGCCCGGGGACGUCGCCGGCACGGAGGGUCGGUGCUGCCGGGGAGAAGCUCGCCCGGAGCCGGCCGCCGCGUGAAGGCCCCGUCUUGGCACGGCCACCGCGCCGGGCUCGGUCACAGGUUGCCCCACGGGACGGAUCCUGGCCGCACGCGCGCCGAAAGCUCCCCGUCCCCGCGCUGCGGCUCGCUCAGCACCAGCCCUCCCCGUCGGAUGCCGCUUUUUACAUUUCUAGACCAAAUAGAGAGUCCUCGUCGUUUGGCUUUUUGGGGGUUGGGUUUUUUCUUUUUUUUUUUUUUUUUUUUUUUUGUUCUUUUUUUAAAAAGAAGAAAAUAUUUUUAUUUUUAUUUGUUGGGUUGUUUCAGCCUGAGCUUCCCCGUGUCAGACUGACCCGCACGGGGCCGGGCUCAGCCCCCUCCCGCUGAGCCCCUCACCGCAGCCCCCUGCCCUCGCCCGGCCGCGGGCAGGGAGAGAGGGACACCAGCGAUGGUGCCGAUGGCUCCGUGGUCACAGACUCCUUCCCAGCCCGGCCAUCGCUCCGGCAGCAGGACGUCACGGUGCCGGCCCCGCCACGCUCCCCCUUGCCACCCCCUGCCACAGGGGCACAGGGACGGGGGGGGGGCCCGGAUGGACACGAACCCCCCGCUGAGCGGCUGGUGGGGUGACCCCUCCCCGGCGCUCGUGCCGUGGAUGUCACCGCUGUCCCCGUGGGACCCUGGAGUGGCUCUGUGAGCAGCAAAGCAAACGGGACGGCACCCGAGGGGAGCACCGGGGACAGCCGGCCAGCGCUGGGAGCACUGGGAAUGGCUGGCGGACUAGGAAGCUGGAAUCUCGCAAUAAGCUCAUCUCCACCAUCCAAAAAAUACAAAAAAAAAAAAAAAAAAAAAAUCACAUUCCCUGCUGUCCCAUCCCUGUCCCCGUGUGUCCAGACCAGGUUGUGGUUCUCGAAGGCGAGCGAAAGCGUCGUGAUUAUCCAGGGGAUGAGGGAGGGCACCCACCCAGCCGGGCGCUGAGCACCCCGGGGCUCCAGCGAGGAGCCGGCAGCACCCACCGUGCCGUGGUGAUGGCAAACCCUGGCCUUCGGUCUGUGUUUUAUAUAUAUAUAGAUUAUAUAUAUAAAUAUCUAUAUUGUGUACAGCGACUGUGGGAGAGUGGAAAAGCGCCGGCGGCGGCGAGGCUGGCGGGGGGGUGAGGGCUGGGGGGGCUUCGCUGUGGCCGGGGUGGGGGGUUGCAGCCCCUCGCCGGUGCUGGUUCUGUGUGCUGGUCUCCGUCCCGCCGCGCUUCGUCCUUCGCCACGCCGCUUCCGUCCUCAACGUCGUGCUGAUGGUAACCAGAUCACCGCCCCAUUCGGAUUCUGUAUUUUUUUAUAAUAAAAUAAAAAUACAUGUCAUGUGA